AUGGCAACAUUCUCUGCGGUGAAUGGCGGUCCUUCUGCACCGCAAACACCUCAUACAGGAGACGAACAAACACUCAACACACCGGAUCAGAUCGAAAGCAGAGUCGACUUGCAGUCCAGAAGUCCAAACGUAGAUGAGUCGUCACCGAGGACGCCGACAAGAUAUAGCUUUGGUGGCGUCUUGGGGCAGCGACCAUUGCCAGAUGAGUUACCUUGCGCAGGCCAUGUCCACGAUAUUGUAGAGCCGGUGACGCCAGCAAAGAGAGACCAAUUCCACUUGCGCACAGCGGGAGAUCCCCACCAGGAAUCUCGUGAUGUGGAGAUGGGCGAUGGUGACGACGAUGAGAACGAAGAAGACGGGUCGGAUAAUGAGAGCGUUACCAGUGAUUCGCAGAGGCCGUCAAAGAAGAAGAAGGGGCAGAGGUUCUUUUGUACAGAAUUUCCGCCAUGCCAGCUAAGUUUCACCCGAAGUGAGCAUUUGGCCAGGCAUAUACGAAAACAUACCGGCGAGCGGCCUUUCCAGUGUCAUUGCCACCGGCGUUUUUCAAGGCUCGAUAACCUCCGGCAGCACGCUCAGACUGUGCACGUGAACGAAGAGAUUCCCGGAGACUCCUUGGCGGCUACAGGCACGAGGUUUCAAAGGCAGAUCCGGACUGACCGAGUACGGCCGACUACAAGUCGCUCGCGGGCCUCCACCCUCGGAAGUCAGAGUGGGCAUGCUCGCGGACAUAGUCGCAAUCUCUCCACGUCGAGCAUCGGAUCGACCACCUCAAGCAUGGGCACACCCGAUGAUGCCCGACGCAGACCACAGCCUCUCGCGAUGGCCAAUGAAGGCAAUGCGCGUACCAUGCCAUCGUCCUCUGAUGCCUACAGUGGAGGACCGAGUAGUCCGCCUCCAUACACCAACUACAYGCAGUCUUCCUCUGGAUACGGUACUCCGACAUCGAAUGCCUUUUCUUUCGGUGGCCACAGUCCUGCGAUGCAACCGAUGGUGGCAUCGCCGAGCUCCAGUUUGAAUCGCUCCUCACACUACAACGGCGCUCGGACGCAGAGUCGUAGGUUGUCUGUGCCGUCAGCAAACAACCCGUUCCAAAGCCCGAACAGUUACGUUCCUCCGCCACCUUUCUUCAGCUCUAUGCAGCCUUCGCCGUCCUCAAACUUUUCUCAAAACAGCAGUGCCUAUGGUAGUCCCACCAGCUCUGUGUUCUCCCACGGACGGCGGGACUCUGACGCGGACAUGGAGUUCCGGAGGCGUACAUGGCAUCCGAGCACCAUCUCGCAGUACUCUCAGCGGCCCGCUACAAGUGGUUUGACAUAUCACCAAACCCCUGAUGAGCCGCGACCUGCUUUUACGCAGCAACACGCCGCCACUCAGAUGACGCGUCUUCCUGGAAUUGAGAGUUUUGACCAUGCUCCUCCUCCCACCGUCCGACAGCACCCAAGUCCAAUGAUGAUCGACUCCACUCCUCGUCCUACGAGCUCAGGUCGACCUGCCGAUGCGGUCUUGCACCAGGGUCUCACCAGACUGGAUAUCACUGCAGCAAACGCUCCCGCGGAGCCUCAGUGGCAGAGCUAUCAGCAAUCGCCUUAUCAAUCCGGCUCCCAGGGGCCUUCCACCGCACGAUACACACAUCACAAGCAUUAUUCGAUGCCCGAACAGCCCGUGACGCCGCGCAGGAUUAAGCGCGAGGGCUUCUACGGAGUCUCUCAGGUACCAAUAUUUCCUGGUGCACCCAACAUCUUGUUGCCGCACCGACCCUCGCCGGAAGACUCCGGCAGCAGUGAUGGCGCGCCAACACCCUCAAUGCCCCACGGCCCAGAGUAUAAUCCUAUCAUAGUCAACCCUGGUAGAACAUCAGAAGCUCUUCCACCAGGACAUGCAGCCAGCGAUGAGAGCAAGAUUUCCCGAGCUGACUCUGGGUACCACACCUAUUCACGCCACCCCCAAGCCCAAGGCCAGCCACCACAAACAUAUGCCCUCCAGGCUGGCCAUGAAGGACGAUAUAACCAGUCCAAUUACAGUCAGUCGAACAACGGACUGACCAAACUCGAGGCUCUUGUCGCUGUUGCUACGAGAGAAGAGCACCAAUCCUAG